UGGACGCUGGACAUUGGAUGCUGGAUGCUGGACGUUGGAUGCUGGACGCUGGGUGCUGAAUGCUGAGUGUUGGGUGUUGGAUGUUGAGUGCUGGGUGCUGGACGUUGAAUGCUGGACGCUGGAUGUUGGAGGCGCGCUGCUCUGUCCUUGCCAGACGCGAUGACCUUGACUCCCGCGCCCGCGUGUUUGAGCGCCUGUGGACGACGACGCCUCCCUCAAAACCCACCUUCGAAUUCUUUAUCCCCACGUAACUAAUGCAAGCACAUGCCCGAUUUCAGAAGGCUUCAUCGGCAGCCCCGAGGGACACCCCGCCCCACACGAUCUCCGCCGCAACUGAGCAGUCCACGUACGUUUGGACAGGCAGCACCUGCGCUGGCUGGGUCCUGCGGGACGGAUCUCGGGCGCGCAGCACACAGAUUUUGUGCAGACAGAGAGGGAGGAUUUCUGCAAAGAGACGGAUCUGCCGCACAGACUGAAUUUCUGCAAAGACACACGUCUUCAUCACAACCGACCGAGGCAGAUCUUGCGCGCACAGACGCAUCUUCGGCAGGGCGGGAGAUCCUCCGCGCGGAGACAGAUCUGCCGCAGAGACAGCCGCGUUUCUGCACACACAUCGUCUUGCGCGCACAGACAGAUCUGCUGGGGGCAGAUGCCGCCCAUCUGAUGCCGGAGGCUGGCGCUGCUGCUAGGCUGCGAGCGCGUGGGUCCGGUCCAGAGGGUUGUCAUGUCGCCUCUCCCACGCGGAACCCCUGCUGUGCUGUGAUCGAGCGCGGGGCCACAGCGCCUUCGUUCAGUCCGAAGGGAGCCGCGGAGCCGCAGUGCCGCGCGAACGGGACGCGGCGGCGCCUCAGCCUGUGCCCGUGCGGCAGAGCAGGGUAAAAUUAGCACAGUAAACAUGUUCCCCUGAAUGUGAGCCUCGGCGGGCGACCCACACCGACGCGUGUUUGGACACGGUGAAGAAUGGGCUACUCGGACCCGUCCGGGAGAGAUCUGCUCGGAAACAGGUCUCUUUGUUUCAUUUUUAUUUGCGCUUUCGGAGUCGUCACCCUCCUGCAGCAGAUUCUGUACGGCAAAAACUACAUCAAGAGUGGGCAACAGUUUAGCCGACUCAAAGGAGACGAAACGGCAAAUUGGACCAGGCCUGUUAAUUUCUUGGAUGAUGGAUCACAGACGCCGGCCAGAAAUGGAAAGAAAAGAUGUUUCCGUCAGAAUUUUCAGCGUCAGACAGACUCACUGAACUCCGUUAUUAUCACUCCCUGCCUAGCCGAUAUUCCGAAGAAAAAAAAACGCUCUCAAAGGUAUUUUGAACUGUAUGAUGGUCCUUAUGAUUACAACUCAACAACAUGCAAGGAUUUCAGGCAGGAGAUCAUCGAUGUGAAGGUACUCACCAUGGUGAAGACUUCUGAACUUUUUGACAGGUGGAGGAAUCUACAGCUUUGCAAAUGGGAUCAGCACAAGGAGGAAAUAGAAGCUUUCAAGAGUUCCUUGUCCCGCUGCUGCAAUGCACCCUCCUUCCUCUUCACCACCAAGAGAAACACGCCGGCAGGGACCAAUCUCAGGUACGAGGUGGACACCAGCGGAAUCCUGCACAUCAGUACGGAGAUUUUCAAGAUGUUCCCUGAUGACAUGCCAUACACGAGAUCCCAGUUCAAGAAGUGUGCUGUGAUUGGAAACGGAGGAAUCAUCAAGAACAGUAAAUGUGGAAAGGAGAUUGAUUCUGCUGACUUUGUGUUUAGAUGCAACAUACCUCCCAUCUCUGAAAAAUAUGCUCCAGAUGUGGGGUACAAGACAGACAUUGUGACCAUUAACCCAAGCAUUAUCACUGAAAGGUUCCAGAAGCUGGAGAAGUGGAGAAAGCCUUUGUACAAGGUUCUGCAGACCUAUAAGAACUCUUCAGUGGUGCUCCCAGCCUUCUACAACACGCGUAACACUGACGUCUCCUUCCGCGUCAAGUACAUGUUGGACGACUUUGACUCACAGAAGGGCGUGUUUUUCUUCCAUCCACAGUACUUGCUGAAUGUGCAGCGCUUCUGGUCGGUGCAAGGUGUCCGUGCCAAGAGGCUGAGUAGUGGCCUCAUGCUGGUGACGGCCGCUAUGGAGCUGUGCGAGGAGGUCCAUUUGUAUGGCUUCUGGGCUUUUCCCAUGAACCCCUCAGGCAUCUUCGUCACACACCACUAUUACGACAACGUCAAGCCCAGGCCUGGCUUCCACGACAUGCCCCAUGAGAUCUUUAAUUUCCUGCACCUGCAUAGCAGGGGAAUCCUCCAGGUGCACACGGGAUCUUGUAGGUGAUGGACUCCACAUGUGUCACUGCCUGCUUUGCAGAGGGUUUGGCUCACGUUUCCCAGUGUUCCUUGUGUUCUCCUAAAGUUUUUAAGUAUCAAGGUGCAUGAGAAUGUCGUUGACUUUCACCUGAGACACUUUCAAAGCAAACAUGAGGCAAAGCAUUUGUGCUUUCUUUGUCGUUUACUCUUCCUCACAGUUACUUGUGUCCAUGCCAAAUGUCAUUUAUGAUGUUCGCUCUCGAUAUCCUGAGUAAGAAGUAAUUAAGAAGCCAGUUAACAAUUUAUCUUAAGGGUAAUUAUAUAAAUGUAAGAUAUAUUGCAAUUAAAUCCUCUAUCUGUAAAUGUAGUAUUAGCUAGAUAUUCUGCUGCCUAGAACAAAUUCUAUUUGCCAAAAGGAUGUUCACUGGAAAAAGCGAAAUUUUAUUUCUGUUUCAUUCAUAAUUCUCUUGCAUUUUUGUCAACAUGAGUGUUUACGAAGUAGUAAGGCAAUAACGGUGGCCAGGAUAUUUACUUUGAUAUAAACACAGUGUAGUGUUGUUGAAAAAUACAUGUAUUUGAACACUUGUAACAAUAAUAUAUGAGUUUUUCAGAGGCUUAUCAACCAAGGAGUAUGCCAAUUAUUUGCUGACGGGUUUUGUGAAACAGUCGUAAUGUGAUCUCCAUAACUCAUUAAAAAACGAUGGCUUCUGGAAUAUUAGAUAUUGAGUGGAAAUAAUGGAAAUAAUGUAAAUAACAGGAUUCUGAAGCCAAAAUCUCAUUUCCCAAUGAGCACAAGUGGCAUUGCUCUUCAGUAUGCAUUUCUGAGGAAAUGCUAUAGCCAACUGCCAAUAAAAUGGGAUUUAUGAUACAUUUCAAAAAUAAUAUAGAGUAUGUUUAAAUAUAAUUGUUAGCUGUCAUCCACAUGUCAAGUGUAAAGCUAAGUUACAUUUCUCAUGUAAAUAUUGUAGUGUACUCUAACAGUGAUGCAUGAUAUUCUUUGUCUGCUGCUUUGAGUGCAUAGUUACAGCCAUGCAAAGAAACUACCCGGUAGACAUUAAAACACAAUGCUCAUUCCUGAAAAAUUGUGCAGCAUAUUUUUAACAACAAAUCUAAAAUAACACUGAUGAGAUUUGAACAGAUUUUUAAAUUUAGUUCUGUUUUCUGAAAUACAAUUGGAAGAACUGAUUCUCUAUAGCUUUGCAAUAACAACAGAAACAUAUUUUAAUAUUGCUGAGUAAUUAAUAAUUGCCUUUUAAACAGAAGUUAUUUUCAUAAUAUGGAACUUAUUCUUAAUCUCUAUUUUGGGGAUCCACACAAAAUUUCUGGUGACAUUUAAGAAUUCAGCACCGAUGUUACUUGGUGAUCUGCUCAAAAUGAAGUAAGCACAGUCCCCUGAGUUUUUAAACUUAAAUAUGUUAACUGGUUUAAUUCUUGUACUGAGAAUUCACAAUUUUUUUCAGUGUAUUUCAGACUAUUGUCACAACAUUACAUAUAGCACCUCUCAACAUUUCAUUUAGGUCUAUAAUAUUCAUAAGACAGUUUUUAAAGACAGAAAGGUAACUGUGUUGCAAAGUAUCUUAAAAAAUCCUCAGCUUACAAUGUUUCCAAUAGUAUUUGCACUAAAAAGUUACAAAAAACACAACCACAUUGACAUGUUCAAUUUUAUUUAAUAAUUCACUCUGCUGAACUUUACCUAUAGAGUUGAUUUAGUCAGAUUGAAAAAAACGAAAAGUACGUGUGACAAUUAUCCAUAAAGAGUGUGAAAAACAAUGUAUAUGCAAUAUGCAUACACAACAAUCCUAUCAAAGCCUCGUAAUUUUGGCUAAGCAUACAGUCAUGCAUUGUGUUUACAAAAUGCUUACCAAUGAUACCAACUGAUGCCACUAAGUCUCGGAACAUGCUUUCAGGUUUUGUAUAUUUCACGGUUUGCAAUAUCACUGUGCCUCUGUAUGCUAAAUUGUGUUUCCUCUGUGAUGUCUCUGUGUUUGCUGUGUACAAAUAUUACAUGCAGCAGAGUGAGCAAUUAUUGGUUCAGUUUAGACUUUGCCUGAUAUAACUUUGGCUCCAUAACAAAAUUUAAAUCAAAUCAAUUGGUUCGCUAUAAUUUAGACAUAAGUGUUGAAUCAGGAUUUUUUACAUUAAAUAAACCACUUUUCUUGACUAAAUUCCUUAAUAAAUUGAAGACAUCAAGGUAUCAGAUACAACAUUUUAAAAAGUAAAACAGAAAGCUAUAUUUCGAUGACAUAAAUAUGCUACGGCAUAAAGAGUCAUUGUGUUGACCUUUAAUAGUUACACAGAAUGAUUUAACUGCAUGUAUGUGAUAUUUAUGGUUGAAAAUGCUAGGAAUUAUGAGUGAAAGUAAUGGAGUUGUAACCUUCCUGGAGAACUGGUCACAAAACUGAACUGGAGCAGACGUGGUGCUGCUGACCAAAAUCUACACACUGUUUGUAUAUAAACUUGCUGUUUUUUUAUUUUUCUCUCACAACUUUUAUUUGGAAAAUAAAAUUAAUUUGUCAAAUGAGUGGCAGUUUGGAAUCUGACCUGUCAUACAGCAUUUGUACAGCUCAUUUUAUCUGCCAGUUAAAAAAGCAACUUGAAUA